AUGACUACCUCACCUACAGUUUGCAUCUGGAUUGUUGGAAUUCUUGUCACCCACUGGUCUGAGCCCCUCCAGGCAGGAACAUCACGAACGUUCUCGAGUCACAGUUGCUUCCUGCCUCUGCUGGGGUGACAGUGGGUCACCCUGAUGGGUGCCCAUCUCAGAGUCUGAGAAAGUCACAGCACCACGCAUGCGGGAUGCAGGCAAGCUGGCAUCCCCACGAGCCGUGGACGUCGGGUGCAGGUUGAGUUUAACUCGUUACUUUUGGCUGGUUGUCUGAGUGAUUUUAAUUUUCUUUGUAAUUUGUAGUACACGUGGGUACUGUGUAGUUUAACAGCCAACAUGUAUCUGUUUGCAGUCAGAAAUCUCUUGAAGGAGAGGUAGACCCUGUGUGCAGGGAGGAGGGGGAGGGCCGUGGUCUCCUCCAGCUGCCGUGAGGUGGCGAGUUGCCCGUGCCCUGAGUCAGGGUGGGCAGCCUCCUUCGCCCAGCCCGGUGCCCGCACAGCCGUCUGAAGGCGGUUCUGCCCUCCCCACCCCUGCUGAGAGGCUUCUGCUUUCCAUCUGAAGCUGCCUGUCCAGGCUCCCUCCCUGCCUCUGCCCCCGCCAGACCCCCGCUCCACACCCCUGGCUGCAGGCGUGUCUCCUCUUCCCUGCUGGAGGUCUGGCAUCAUCCCUCCUCCUGACCCCUGAUGGCUCCGCUCGCAGUGGUCCUACUUCCUCCUGAGGACCCUGAUUGUUGGACCCUGAUUGGAUGCAUCCUGGCAUGAACGGAACAGGUGAACUCUCCUUUGCUGUUUCGACACUCGUGGUCACUUACUUUGCCUUGCCAGCAGUGUUAGAAGUUUGUGGGAGCAGGACCUGGUCACACUUCAGUGUCCCGCGCACCCCUAGGUGCCUUGUCUCAGGUGCAGUAACUUGGCACAGUGAAUGUUUGGAGAAGACGCUUGAACCUUUCGUUUUUGAGGCUGUUUGUGACAGCAGAGUGCUCGGGUGUAUCCUCUCUCCGCUCGCUGGUCCUCGCUGGGCUCUGCUCCGACUUUGUGCAGAGCAGCGGGUGCUGUCAGGCUCCUCCUGUUCUGGGGGCCAGGAGGUGCGGUGUGAGGAACUGCUCUGGCCGCCGGGUGUGGGCUGGAGCCCCUGUUGUCAAGUGGAGAGAAAGCCCUGUGGGCCACUGGGGGCCCUUCACAGCUGUCAGGUACUGAGAGUCACCCCAGGGAGGACGCGGGGACCCCUGCCCGGGGCUGAGGUCAGUUUGGGCACUAAAGCUGAGGGUGGGGCUGAGGCCCCGCUCAGGGCCCCCCAGAUUCCCGUCGUGUGUCUGUGUGUGGAAGCAGAGCCCAUCCGCCGCCCAGGCUGCGUCCUAAAUGGCCGGCACCUGGUGCUCCAGCUGGGCAGAGCUGGCCCUGCCUCCCUGACCUCCUGGCCACGGAGACGCCUGCUCCCGCACUUGCCGUCCUUGGAAUCCACGCUGUGCGCCCCUGGGCCUGGGCUCCGCUAA